AUGCUUCAUAGGAUGGCAGGAGAUAACAGUAUAAAUAAAGAAGUUCUACUUCUGCUUGCUCCAAUAGGAGUCACUGCCUUCAAUAUUCAAGGUAGUACUAUUUAUUCAGCACUUUUUAUUCUAAUAGCAGGCACAAAUUAUAAUCUUGAAGGCAAUUGUCUCAAAACACUGCAAAGUAAACUGCAAAAUAUUAGAUAUGUUAUUCAAGCAUUUCCAUAUAAUAACAACAUACCAUUUGGUAGCUUAUUUGUAAUUCUUGUUGGAGAUUUUGGGCAGCUUUCUCCAGUCUGUGAUCUUCUUAUGUAUUUAAAAGACCUUCAUCAAUCAGAUUCUUUAUCUGAAAAUAGAUUAUACAAGUUUGAAGUUGUAGAACAACAAGCAGGUGAUUUAGAUGAACAAUGCCAAUUUAGAGAUCUUCUAUUAUGUUUGUGUAAUAGCAGCUCUGAGGCUGUAAACACUGAUUUAAAAACUGCAAAAGGUCUUGAGUCAGAAAUAUUAUUAGCAAAAAAAGCAUGUGUAAUGUUCACUACUAAUAUUUGUGUCUUCUCAGGCCUUGUAAAUGGUGCAAUGGGAACAAUAGAGGAUAUUUUGUUUGAAAGAUCUAAUCAAUUACUUGUCUUAGUUGCAUUUGAUAAGUAUUAUGCUUCAACUAUUACAAAUGUUGAUAAAAAUUAA